AUGACUCAACCAUGGGAUUAUGCUUCAAUUGAAGAGGCCGAGUCUCUCCUCCAACAAUCGGCCUUUGAACCCUUGCAAGUGCAGAACCUCAUCAAUGGCGCCCCCACAGCCUCGACUAGCAACGAGCGGAUAGACUCCUUUAACCCGAAAACGGGGCAAAUAUUCGCUCAUUUUCCAAAUAGCUCAGCUCAGGAUAUCGAAAACGCAGUCCAAGCCGCGGAGACCGCCUUCGCGUCAUGGUCGCAGACUCCCCCGUCGAAGCGCGCCGUGCACCUGAAUCGCAUCGCGACGCUGAUUGAAGAACGCCGUGAACUCUUCGCUGUAUGGGAGAGUAUCGACCAGGGGAAGACGCUGGCGCGGGCAAGGGUGGAGAUUGACCGCGCAAUCUCUAACUUCAGGUACUUUGCGACAUACAUCCUACAACAAAGCACCGCUGCGCGCUGGGCGGACGAUAAUGUGCUGACGUACGAGCAUCGCUCCCCGAUUGGCGUCUUUGCGCUCAUCUCGCCGUGGAAUAUGCCGCUGUAUUUGUUGACCUGGAAGAUCGCGCCGUGUCUGGCGUUUGGGUGUACUGCUGUUGCGAAACCGAGCGAAGUCACCAGCGUAUCCGCAUAUUUGCUUGGAAAGGUAAUCCAAGAUGCUGGACUGCCGCCCGGUGUUCUGAAUCUCGUCUACGGGGCUGGUAAUCCCACCGGAGCGGCUUUGGUCAAGCAUCCCCGUGUCAAGGGUGUUUCGUUCACCGGUGGUACAGCGACUGGUAUUCAGAUCCGUCGGGAUACGGUCGAGGAUAUAGGGAAGCAUAUUUCGCUUGAACUAGGCGGGAAGAAUCCUACGCUAGUCUUUGAGGACGUCGACCUUACUGCCGCUGUUACCACGGCCGCAAGGGCAGCAUUUGAGAAUCAGGGAGAGAUCUGCCUGUGUGGCUCGAGGAUCUAUGUCCAAAAAUCCAUCUACGACGCCUUCCUGUCCCGUUUCGUCGACUAUGUCAAGGAGCACUACGUCCUCGGCAAGACCGUCGGCGCCGUCGUCUCUCUCGCCCAUUACCGCAAAGAUUCUUUCCUCGGCUCUGUGCCUCCGGAGACACCGGACGGAGGCUACUGGAUCGAACCGACCAUCCUUACUGUUCCUGACGACAGCCCAAUCAUGAAGGAUGAGAUAUUCGGCCCAGUUGUAACGGUCAGCUCGUUCGAGAGCGAAGAAGAGGCAAUAACGCGCGCCAAUGACAGCCAGUAUGGGCUAGCGAGUAUCCUUCUGACGCGGGACGGAGCUCGCAUGCGACGGGUCGGCGAGCGACUUGACGCAGGAAUGGUGUGGGUGAAUUGCUGGMUGGUUCGCGAACUGGGCACGCCCUUCGGGGGGAUGAAGGCGUCUGGAACAGGACGCGAAGGGGGAGAGUAUAGCCGGGAUGUAUUCACUAAUGUGCGGACGUUGCAUAUUCCUUCCGUUUAG